GAAAACUUCUUAAAGUCACAUAAUAUCAUCAACCUAUUUUAUAUUUUAUUGAAUCUGAAUGCUUCUUCGUCAAAAUGAAUAAAAUAUUUCCUUUUAAUAAGAUCACUACUGGCAUUAAUAUAAUUAAAGCCAACGGUGGCCCUUUGAAUGCAUUUAAGAAAUUAUUUAGACAAGAUGAACUGAAAAUCGGAACAUUUGUCGGAACUGAUGAAAUGGGCAAUCGUUACUUUGAAAACAAUUUAUAUUUCUAUGGCCGAAAUCGUUGGGUAGAAUAUAAUGAACAAGUGUUUUUGGACUAUGAUGCCAGUCAAAUUCCAGCCGAAUGGUACGGUUGGCUUCAUUACAAAACUGAUUUACUUCCAUAUAAUGACCCAUCUAGGCCCAAGUACGAAUGGAUGGCCAAACAUACAGAAAAUGAAACAGGGACUUGUCGUCAGUAUGUUCCAUACAGUACUGUUCCACCAAAAAUUGAAGCUUGGGUACCACCUCAAAAAGCUUAAUUUAAAGAAUGACAUUUUAGUGUAAAUAUAAAAAAUUUACAUGUUAUGUAUUUUUCAAAAUUAAAAUAGUUAAUAUUUCUUAAAACAAUUAUACCCUAAAUUUCUUUAAUAAAUAGUGAUUAGUAUUAUA